AUGCUUUUAUCUGGCGGGUUGAUCGAGGUUGUGAAGGUGCCUGAAGGUGGUGGAAAUGAAACCGUCCAAGUUAUUCACCAAUCGGUAACUGAAUUCCUGCGCGCACGAGGAUUGGCUUAUCUAGCUACGCUCGCUGAGACGGACAAGAAAGCCAUUUGUGUUAUGCCAGACACAGAGCCACCAGGCAACGAUGAUAUCCACAACUGUCCGGCGCCAUUCGACGGCUCAUGUUUGAACCAUCUGGUUACAGAGGUUCCCGACGAGUCCAGUUUCAGGCUAGGAAUACCUGGGAAGCAGUUGUGUUCUCAUUCUAUUGACAAUUCCGUAAUGUCAUGA